UCUGAUCAGGCAAGAUCUCUGAGCCAGAUGCAACAAUUAAAAUGUUAGCCCUUGCCCUAGCUGGAGCUGGAGCCGCUUUGAGUCUCGUCUGCAUCCAUGCCAGAGGCCAGAGCAUGGCUCACUGUUGCCUGGCAGCAUGAGGCUUGCCCAGCGGGAGGACAUGGUGUCUGCAGCCCCUACUGAGGGGGACAGGCUGUCUUGGCCACUAACAGAUGGAGCCGGCAAGAGCCCACUAGGGGUCCUUACUACCCCAGAGCCACUUCUUCGACUGCAGAGGACACAGAGGGUGUGGCAGGUCCCAGAGCUGGAUGCUCAGCAUGCCAAGGCCUUUCUUGAGCUGUGGCCACUGGGGAGCUUCCUGGUCAUAGGACAUGAUCCCAGCCAGGUCCUGAUGCUGAAGACAGGACCUUCAUCAGGCGAUGUCAACACCUAUCAAAUUCACAAGUUUCCCAGAGGUGUGUCCUUGGAAGCCUCCAACCUCUGCAUGCCAGACUGUCCCCAUCUCCUGGCCUUCCUGUCAGCUAGCAGGGACGUUUUGCCAAGGACACUGCUCUUGCCCACUCCAACUGUAGGUCCUGGGGACAAGGACACAGAUCCUCUGCGACUCGGCUGCAUCCGGGUCAACACCUCAGGGAGGGUGCUGUCUGUAGUGAACCAGCUCUACCUGGAGACGCAUGGAGGCUGGGGGACAGAGCAGGCUCCACAGCAAACAGAGCCAGAGACUGACCAGAAAUACAGUCUAGCCCCUAGGCAGCCCACCCCACAUCGGGUCUCCUGGGUGGAAGACCCACUGAAACCGGAAGUGCAUCAUCCUGGACCAGAGUCUCACCACGUUGAACCGGAAGUGUACCAUCCUGGAGCAGACUUGCACUCGCCUAGGUCUGCUCUAGUUAGCGUGGUGGAAGAGAAAGAGGAAGUGAACAAUGAUAAUUACAAAGAUGAAGAGGAAAGCUGCGAGGACCUGCUCACUGACCACAUCCGUGCUCUGGCCCGGGCCCGGAGCGGCUAUGUGGCCAGGCAGUACCGAUGCCUUCGGGCUCGCCUCACCUCAAUUUCUGGAAAUCCCUACAGGCCUGGAGAUCCGGCCACCGAGCUACUUCAGGACGUGCGGCAGCUCCUCACUGAUCUGCAGAAUUACCUGGCAAAGGACCCCGAUGUCAGAGCAGUCUUUGGGAGCAGGGAACCUAGGGUCCCUGGAGACGAAGAUCUUGGCCCUGCUGUGGAAGUGGCCCUGUGUCGUGCAGUUCUGGAACCCCUGAAGCCGGCCCUGUGGACCAAACUCCGAACUCUCAGAGCCCAGGAACUGAGGUUACUGCGCAGGCGCCAAAUAGCCUUGAGGGCGGGGGCGGGGCCCGAGGGACAGAGCCCUGCCCUGGCCUUGCGGAGCCGCAUCCACGCGCGCCUCGCGCACCUACACGCCGCGUGUGCCCCGCGCCGCAAGGUGGCGCUGCUGCUGGCGGUGUGCAGCGACGUCUACGCGGGCCUGGCCGGUGGUGAGAAUCAAGAGCCCCUAGGGGCUGACGCCUUUUUGCCAGCCCUGACGGAGGAGCUGAUCUGGAGUCCACACAUAGGGGAGACUCAGCUGGAUGUGGAGUUUCUUAUGGAGCUCUUGGAUCCAGAGGAGCUGCGGGGAGAAGCUGGGUAUUAUCUUACCACGUGGUUUGGGGCUCUCUACCACAUUGCUCACUACCAGCCCGAAGCUGGCCGUGCACCCCAGGGUCUCAGCUCCGAGGCCCGGGCCUCCCUGCGCCAGUGGCACCGAAGGCGGACACUGCACCAGCAAGCCCAGCCUACAUCCCAGGCUAGCCUGCCCUUAGAGGAGCCAUGGGCAAUAGGGGACCCGUGAUGAUUAGAGUUCUCAAACCCCAGUCACUUCUGAGCCUUUUGGCCCUCUCUGCUAAGCAAGAUGCUGGAGGCUUCUGGGACAGCGUGGAGGGCGGGGCAGGAAAAGGGACAUGCCUUUUGCACUGACUGUACCUACUUAAUAUCAGCCCUUCCUUAAUAUCCACAGCACUUCCUCCUCCCUCCCUCCCAUCCCCUCCUGGUCUGGGCAGAUGUUACCUCGGAAAGGCUCUCCCCAGCAAACACAACCCCCCCCCCAACAGUACCCUAUCACCUGAACUUCCUUGGUGCAGACAGAAUGAAGGCAUAGUCCCCCACAGAGGUGCACAUUUGGACACCCUCUGCGACUGUGACACUUGACCUGGACCCGAAGUGGGAGCUUAUUCUAGAUUCUUCUAUGCCCUAAGUAGUUAAGAGAGUGGCAGGGGUAUGGGGAUGCCGUGGGCCUAUGCCCCCAGCUACUUCAGAGAAUGAGAUGGGAGAAUUGCCUGAGACCAAGACCAUGAGGACACUGACGUGCACUGAUGUUCAGGACAGUGGUACUGGGACAUAGUAGGUAUUCAGGAAACAAUGCGAUAGGUUUUCCGUCAGCCUUGCAAACAGGACUGCCCCAAUCUCUGGCCCAUCAGUGUUACCUUAUUUGGCAAAAGUGUUUAUUAUUAUUAUUAUUAUUAUUGUUAUUGUUAUUAUUAUAGUGUUUUGUUUUUUCAAGACAGAGAUUCUCUGUGUAUCCCUGGCUGUCCUGAAAUUCUUUCUAUAGGUAAGGCUAGCCUCAACUCACACACAGAGAUCCACCUGCCUCUGCCUUCUGAGUGCAUGGAUGAAAGGCGUUUGUCCCCACCACCACAGAUGGUAAAAUAAGGGACAAAGUCGUGGGGAUUGUCUCUGUGGCUCCCGGAGAACUCAUACAACAUAGGAGGUGGGGAGAAUGGAUGGGGACAAGAGAGUAAGGGCAUCAGAAGGGAUGAAAGACCCUGGCUUUGAAGACAGAGUGACGUGACAAGCCACAAGAUGCAGAAGCACUAGAUGCUAGGCAGUGCCAACAAAGGCUUCUCUCCUGAGAGUUCCAGAAGUUUCCUGGCCCUGCUGACGCCCCCAGAACCAAGGUUAAUUAAUUUGUUAGGAAGGUUCACAUAACUGAGGGAAUAUUUAUCAGCUUCAUAUGCACAUUCCCAAUGUAUGAAGGUUUCACUUACAUUUUAAAAAGAGUAAAAAUUUAUAUGUGUAUGGGUGUUUUGCCUGCAUACACAAAAUAAAUUUAAAAUAGCCAGGGCUGGAGAGAUGGGCUCAGCAGUGAAGAUCACAUGACCUGGCUUACAACCAUCUGUAACUUUAGUUUCAGGGACCCAACACCCACCCUUUCCAUCCCUGUCAGGCACCCAUGGGUGACACAUGCAUGUGCUACACACACAUACAGGCAAAACCCCAUACAUAAAAUAAAAUUAAAAGGCAAAACCCAAGGGGGCCGGUGGUGUUGAACGUCUUCAAUUCCAGUACUCGAGAGGCAGAGGCUGAUGGAUCUCUGAGUUUACAUUUAUACAGGUAAACAAAACACUCACAUAAAAUAAUGAAUUAGA